AUGUCAGCUCAAGAUCACUUCGAUAUCGAAAAACAAUCAGAUAUCCCAGAACAACCAGGUCCUCGCAUUGCCCGCAUUCAAACAUCAGGCGAAGACAAUGAAAUCAUUCAUAUUGGCGACACAAAAGUCUACAAACAUGAACUUAUGGCUGCCUUUGGUGGUUCUCUUAACGUCGGUCUCUCCGAAGCUCCCUCACGCAAAUUUGCAAACCCAGGUCCCCUAGGUCUCUCUGCUUUUGCCCUAACUACUUUUGUUCUCUCACUCGUCAAUGUUCAAGCUCGCGGCAUCACUAACCCUUCAGGUGUUGUAGGACUUGCAUACUUUUAUGGAGGCUUCAUUCAACUACUGGCAGGUAUGUGGGAGGUUGUUGUUGAAAAUAAUUUUGGUGCUACUGCACUAUCAUCUUAUGGUGGAUUUUGGAUUGCAUGGGCUGCUCUUAAUACAAAAGCUUUUGGUCUUAGAGCUGCCUAUUCCACUGAUCGUGAAUGGAAUGAUGUUGUUGGAUACUUUUUAUUAGGUUGGUUGAUUUUUACAACUCUUCUGCUAUGCUUAACUGUUCGCUCUACUCUUAUGUUUUUCUCGUUAUUCUUUUUUCUCGAAAUUACUUUUCUUUUCUUGGUCAUUGGGCACUUGGGUCAUACUACUGUUUGCAACAAAAUUGGUGGCUAUUUUGGACUCAUCACUGCAAUUCUUGCCUGGUACAAUGCUUAUGCGGGUCUGGCAACCCACGAGAACUCGUACUAUGUGCCCAAGGUCAUUUACAUGCCUGGCACUGUUUUCCCCAAAAAGUAA